AUGAGCUCGGAAAAAGACUCCACGCAAGUCAACACCCACCGCACCGCUGGCGGUAACUCGGCGUUCCACAACUUCAUCAACGACUUCUCGCACAUCGAGGACCCUCUCGAACGCCGUCGUCUCGCGCUCCAGAAAAUCGAUGAAGCGUCCUUCGGCUGGUAUCACGUGCGCGCCAUCGCCGUCGCCGGUGUCGGGUUUCUCACCGACUCGUACGACAUCUUCGCCAUCAACCUGGGUGUCUCGAUGAUGUCGUACGUGUUCUGGCAGGGCAGCAUGCCCGCGUCCACGUCGACGCUGCUCAAGGUCUCGACCUCUGUCGGCACCGUCAUCGGCCAGGUCGGGUUCGGUGUCAUGGCCGACGUCGUGGGCCGUAAGAAGAUCUACGGGCUCGAACUGAUCGUCAUGAUCGCCGCCACCAUCCUGCAGUGCACCAUCGGUGCCGCCCCCGGUGUCAGUUUCGUUGCAGUGCUCACUUUCUACCGUAUUCUGAUGGGUAUCGGUAUCGGAGGUGACUACCCUCUGUCGUCCAUCAUCACCUCUGAGUUCUCCACCACCAAAUGGCGUGGUGCCAUCAUGGGUGCCGUGUUCGCCAACCAGGCCUUUGGCCAGAUCGCUGCCGGUAUCGUCGCCCUCAUCCUCGUCGCCGCCUACAAAGACGUGCUAAUCGUCGCCAACAAGGGUUCGGAAUGUGGUCCUGCGUGUGCCAAGGCCUGCGACCAGAUGUGGCGUAUUCUUGUCGGUCUCGGCUGUUUCCCAGGUCUCAUUGCCCUAUACUUCCGUCUAACCAUCCCUGAGUCCCCUCGUUACACCUUCGAUGUCGAAAACAAAUUGGCCAAGGCUGUCGCUGACACUUCCAAGUUCGCCUCCGGCGAGCACGGCAACGCCGAAGCUGAGGAAAUCGCCCGUCUAGAAAGGGCCCCCACUGCCGUUGAACAAUACGAAAUUACUCCUCCUAAGGCCUCUUUCAAGGACUUUUGCCGCCAUUUCGGACAAUGGAAAUACGGUAAGAUUCUAUUUGGUACUGCUUUCUCCUGGUUCACUUUGGACGUGGCCUUUUACGGUCUGAACUUGAACUCCGCUGUCAUUUUGCAAACCAUCGGUUACGCUUCCUCCAAAAACGUGUACCACAAACUUUACAACUCUGCCGUGGGUAACUUGAUUUUGAUUUGCGCUGGUUCGCUGCCUGGUUACUGGACCGCGGUCGCCACUAUCGACACUAUCGGCAGAAAGCCCAUCCAAUUGUUUGGCUUUUUCAUUUUGACCGUUUUGUUCUGUGUUAUUGGUUUUGCCUACCACAAAUUGACCGACCAUGGUUUGCUUGGUCUCUACAUCGUGUGUCAAUUCUUUCAACAGUUCGGUCCUAACGUUACCACUUUCAUCAUCCCCGGUGAAGUGUUCCCUACCAGAUACAGAUCUUCUGCCCACGGUAUCUCUGCUGCUUCCGGUAAAGUUGGUGCCAUCAUUGCCCAAACCGCUUUGGGUACGUUGAUCGACCACAACUGUGCCAAGAACGGUGAAAAAGCUGGCUGUUGGUUGCCUCACGUUAUGGAAAUUUUCGCUUUGUUCAUGUUGUUGGGUAUUUUCAGCACCCUAUUGAUCCCAGAAACCAAGCGUAAGACCUUGGAACAAAUUUGCGAAGAGUUCCACGAUGAAAUUGACUCUACCAAAUACGCAAGUCCGAACAGCAACUCUGCUGCUUCAAGCCACACCGAAACUGUCUAA